GGAGACUCCUCACACAUUUCCACACGCGCCCAAAACCCACUCUGUGAGGGUUGUUCCGAGGAUGUUUCCACUUUCCGACGGCCCAAAAAUGGUGAGCCGAAGAACCCGAGGUCCCAAACCCGCCGCCGACGGCGACGAAGAAACCGGAAGCGGAGACAACGCAGCCGCAGAGGUUUCGGACUACGAGCAAAUCAGAGACCAACGGAUCAAAGAGAACAAGGAGCGAAUGCAGAAGCUGGGCAUUUUCGACCUUUCACUCCAGCUCAAGUCCAAACCCUCCGCCGCUUCAAAACGCGGCCGUCCGUUGAAGGACCCUUCCGAUCAGACCAACACCAUAACCAAAACCUCUCUCUCCCCGGCAAGGCGUUCCUCUAGGUUGAAGACUCUGGCUCCGGUGAGUUAUGUGGAGAUUAGGCCCAAAGGGAAGAGGGAGUCUUCGUGGAAUGGUGAGAUUAAUAUCAAGGAGGGUAUAAGGCCAGAGAUUUAUAGUGAUGAGCAUGAAAAGCUAUUGGGGGAUUGUAAGGAGACUUGGGAACUCUCGGUUGAUGGGUAUGGAGAAGACGGGAAGCGGAUUUAUGAUCCGGUUAAGGGUGAAACUUGCCACCAAUGCAGGCAGAAAACUCUUGGUCAGCAUACACAUUGCUGCAAAUGUGACUUGGUCCAAGGGCAGUUUUGUGGAGAUUGCUUAUACAUGAGAUAUGGAGAGAAUGUGAUCGAAGCCAGCAAAAAUCCUGAUUGGAUUUGCCCUGUUUGUCGGGGCAUUUGCAACUGCAGUCUUUGCCGUAAAGAAAAAGGGUGGGAGCCCACUGGUAAUCUGUAUAGGAAGGUCAUAAAUCUGGGUUACAAGUCUGUGGCACAUUAUCUUAUUCAAACCCGUCGUUCCCAACGAAAAUCAGAAACCUCAGGUGCAGAGGAAUCAAUGCAUGAUGAUAUGAAACAAGAAACAGAAGAGGCACACUUAACAGGGGGAGAAGAAAUGGAAGAGGUUCAGUGUGUUGAUGCCAAAGAUUUGGGUAACAUAGAUGAUACUGGUGCUGCCGUUGCUGGGGAUUCAGUUGAAGGUGAGACAAAGGGAAAGCCGAGAAGGAGGAGCACAAGGUUGAGGAAGAACUAAAUAGUUCUGGAUCAUAGAUGGACUGACAUGAAGCAAAUCGUCUGGCCUCAAACACCUUUUGAGCACAAGUAUUCCUUUUUAUAAGCAGGAACAGAGCUCGUAUUUUCCGGAGCUUAUAUUUUUGCGGAGUAAAUGUUACCCUGAAUUGUAUCGUAUUCAUGGCAAUAUGACAUUAUCAGUAAUAUCUAGUCUUUUGAGUUGCAAAUGAAA